CUUCAAGCAAAAAGAGGAGGAUUGGCAACAGAUAUUAGGUCAGGGCCAUUCUUCCUCACCAAAAAAAAAACCAAACCAAACAAAACAAAAAGUACAGGCAUUAAGCAGCAGACACUGAGUUUUUCCUUUCUCACUUCUUCGUUUCUCCUACUCAUUUUUUACACCAAAAGCCCAAAAUACCUCCAGGGAGUCUUGGGUGAAGGGCAAUAAAACUUGUGCCUGCCACAUUGAUAGCUGGAAAUUAUAAAAGUGGGUGCCCAGGUAAGAACUGCUCUCUUUCAUGGAGAUCUGAGUGUAUGGAGAAGGGCCAUGGAGUCCCAGAGAACAGGCUAGUCUUAAUAUGGUCUCAUGAUAAGCCAUUUUCCCCUUGAGUUAUGCCUCAACUCUUAGUAAAGUCCAUUUUGAAAUUUCAACUGAGACAAGAUCAAGCAAAAGAGUAACCUUUUCAUGGCUUGAGUCAGAGUAAUAAAGGUAGAGAUGCAUAUUCAUGAGGAACACAGUGGGGUCUUCUUGUCUACACAUGGAGAAAGUCUGUCCAAGAAGAAAGCCAUGUAGAACCAAGCACAUUCAAGAAAUUGAAAGAGAGAGACACAACCUCUGUGACCCCUUGGAUCCAAUCAAAUCUGAAGCAAAAUGCAUCCCUGUACUUCCCAGUUUAUUUCACUUACAAUCAAAAGUAAUUAUUUUAUUGUAAUGAAAAGGCUUUUAAUUAAUACGUGUCACUACUGUACCUUGCACAAACUCCUAUGAUAGCACUUACUCCCUUUUUUCUGCAUAGCAUUGGAGGAGAAAUUAAUUUUACGUUAGGAAAGAUCUGUGCUUAAAACCUGGCUCUGCCAUUAGUUGUUGUGAUUUUGGCAAUAUUAUCUAACCUCAGUGUUGGUUUCUUCGUAUGUAAAACAGAGAUACCUUACUCAGAUAGUCAUGAAAAUUAUAAAGGAUAAGUUAAUAAAAGAGUUUAGUACUGUGACUAGCACCAGUUGUAUAUAAAUUGUACAAUUCUCAGUUUCUUUUCUUGCUUCUCUAAUUAGACUGAGAGAACUGAAGGGCAGGAUCUGCAUCUUAUUUGUGUUCAAAGUGUCUUGCCCUCUAGAAGUUUACAGUAUGAGGGUACACAGGUAAACAGAUGUAUAUAAAUGAGAGCACGCACAAGAUGCCUCAGCAGCAUACAGACACGGCGCUUUAGUGCUGGGAGUGGGGACAGAGGAGGAAGAGGUCAGAAUAGACAUUCUAUCAGAAAUAAUGACAGAACCUGGAGAAUGAGUAAGUGGUGUCCAAGUGAACAAUAGGGAGAAGACUUUUCAGGCAGAUGAAACAACAUGGAGCGAAGAAAUCAUCAGAAUGCGUGAGAGGAACUUCAGGCUCUUCAGUAUUACUAGAGAGUAAAAUUCAAGGAGUGGAGACAUGGGAGAUAAGCCGUGGACAUCAAAAUUUGGGGAGCAGAUGCCAGAAGGUUUUCUCUGACAGGCUGAGGGUUUUGCGCUUGUGGUGAGAGAAGCUGAAGAGUUUUAAGUGAGAGAAUAUUGUGUUUUCUGUAGCUAAUUCUAUACAAAGUGUGUGAAGAAGAGAUUUCCAGGCUGUUUUGUUUGACUCAGAUUAGUGUCACUUGCAAUGAAAAGUUAAAAACAAGCUCCCCAAUGACUUUUUCUCUUGCAUAAUCCCCUCUUCUUGGAGUGUGGGUGGACCCUGCAAAUAUAAUGAGAUCCACUUUAGUGAUUAUGCUAUGUUAUAAGGUACAGUUGACCUUAAAUUAGGGAGAUUAUCAAGGCAGGGAUAAUGUAAUCACGUGAGCAUUUAAAAAGCAGAGUUGUUUCUCAAGCUAAUGAGGACGGGGAAGUCAGAGAGUUCCAGUGCAAAAAGAAUUCACCGUGUUGUUUAUGGCUGAGUUGACGACAGGGGGGCCACACGUGAGGAAUGCAGGCAGCCUCCAGAAGCUGAGAGUGAUCCCCACUUGACAGCUAGCAAGGAAAUGGAGAUCUCAGUUCUACAAUCACAAGGAAUUGAAUUCUGCUAACAACCUGAAUGAGCUUGGAAGCAGAUUCUUCCCCAGAGACUCCAGAAGGGAAGGCAGCCCUGUCUACACUCUAUUUUGGCCUGGCCAGAGAUGCCAACCAUGCCAUUCCACACCAGACUUCUAACUCACAGAACUAUGACUAAUAAAUGGGUGUUCUUUUGAGUUUAAGGCAAUUUGAUAUACAUCAAUAAAUAGCUAAUAUAAGGGUAUUGGUAAGAUCCAAGUUAGGCAAACUUUUAGAGUACAGUCACACACCACAUAUCAAUGUUUCAGUCAAUGACAGACUGCAUAUACAGUCCCAUAAGAUUAGUACCGUAUAGCCUAGGUGUGUAGUAGGCUAUACCGUGUAGGUUUGUGUAAGUACACUCUAUGAUGUUUGCACAGGACGAAAUUGCCUAAUGACACAUGUCUCAGAAUGUAUCCCUGUUGUUAAGUGACACAUGACUGUGUUCCAGACAAGGUAAGAGAGCUUACUUUGGGAUUUAAGGAUAUAGAAUAAUGUAAACUUUGAAGAUCAGUAAUGGUUAGUGAGAAGGAGGAGCCCAGAAUGACAACCUGUUUCUAGGUUAGCUAACUAGAUAGAGGAUGGUGCUGUUAACUUAGAAAAGAACAAUGAGAGGAGAAACAGUUCUGAGACCACCAGGACAUGCUGAAUUCAAUUUGAUGGGGGAUGUCUAGUAAAUAGUUGGAUACAGAAUUGUGAACUUAGCAAAGAGGCGCAUGCUAUAGAUAUAGAUGAGGACAGGGAGGAAAGAAACCUAAUACUUACUUAGCACUUAACCAAAUGCCAAGAAAUGCUCUAAGUGCCUUAGAGGUUAUAAGGCAUUUAAUCCUCAAAGCAGUCCUAGGAAGUAAGAAUUAUUAUUAAACUCAUAUGUAGAUGAAGCAAAAAGGCUCAGAGAGAUUAAGCAACUUGUCCAAGAUCACACGUGUAGUAAGUGGUGGAAUUUGAAUGCAAGUUUAAUCAAUCUGACUCCAGAGCCCAUUAUCUUAACAUGUGUCUGUUACAAUUCUCUGUAGAUGUGAAAGACAACAAAAGAUGGAUAUUAUUACAGCUAUGACAUAUACUAUAUCAAUCACAGGAAAAUGUAAAAAAGGUGUUGAAAGUAGCAAAUGACUGUGUCCCUGAACACACUUGCUUUAGAAUGGAGCGAGAGCUCUGGAGGAUGACUCGGAACACAAAGGAGGCUACCAGCUCCCUGCACAGAGGAUUCGAAAUUCUUAAUGUGAACUGGUACUUGGAUAAGAACAUUGAAUCCUACGGGAACCAAUGUUAUAACUCCUUGACAAAGGAUGUAAACACAGGCUCCAUAAUUUCUUCCCUCAGGAACCUGAUCAAACUUUCAUCCUGAAUGAGGCAUGUUUUCCAAGCUUCCAAACAAGUUGUUGAGAUCCACAGAGAAUAAGAUAAAUUCACAGUAUUAGCCAGUUGAUGAUUUGGAGACAUAAAGUCGAUGCAAUUGCCUUCUCAGGAAGACAUAUGCAAAUCCUCAAACAGAAGGAAUAUCACCUCAUUUGUUAUCUAAACCUUUGUUUCCUUCAGGACAGUGAAGGGAAAAGAACAUUUAAGGUCUGGUAGUAGUGAGGUCUCCAAGCAGAAGGAAGUUGGGUGGCUGAGACUUCUUUGUUCUGAUGUUUUCAUUCCCACAGCUACAGAAGUGGUGAGGUGUGGGGAGGCUACUUGUCCUUCCUAACAAUUCAUUGUGAUUUUGUGGUAAGAUUGGAUGAAGGGAAUGGGUAGGAGGAAUGCAGGACACUAGGGGAUACUUUCAGCACUUUCUCGAAGCCAGGUACUGAGUUUCUGAAAGGUAAGAGGCAGAGAAUGGGUUGAGCAACAAGCACAGUGGGGAUCACAGUGACUUCACUAUCUCAAAGCUUCAGGAAUUUCCAUAGGAAGUGGUUCCAAGUACAACUCUUGUCUCCUUUGCUCUCUUGCUAAAUGACCUUGGCAAGCCUAUGAAUCUCUUCAAGAUAUUGUUUCCUUACCUCAAAUGUGGACAUCACUUUUGGUGACCAUCCAAAAAGACUUUAUCCUGAAUUGUGUCAGCCCAUUGGAGGUGAGGAGUUACAAGUUGAGAUUUUAACACAUGGAAGGAAAGGACAAAUGAGAGAAGAAAGUUCAAAGAUAAGGAGUCAUUGCUCUGGCUCUUCUUCCAGAGUGCUGUCCCAGUGGUCACACUUGAGCCCAAUAGAACAAGUCCUCACUCUAGCAACAAAUGAUCUGAGUCUUAUCCUAAUGUGACAUUCUUCUCUCAUUUCCUCACAGAACACACCCCUGCAGAUAAUGGCUAUGGAAAAUGACUCUUCAGUGACUGAGUUCAUCCUGGUAGGAUUUACAGACCAACCUCAACUCCGGUUACCCUUCUUCUUCCUUUUCUUAUUACAUUAUGUGGUCACUGUGGUAGCGAAUUUGAGCUUAAUUAAUCUAAUAUGCCUGAAUUCUCACCUUCACACUCCCAUGUACUUUUUCAUCUUCAACCUGUCCUUCAUAGAUCUCUGUCACUCUUUGGUCAUUACCCCUAAAAUACUAAUGAGCUUUGUGUCAAAGAAGAGCAUCAUCUCCUUUGCAGGAUGUAUGACUCAGCUGUUUUUUUUCUGUUUCUUUGUCCAUUCUGAGUGCUGUUUGACAGCCAUGGCAUAUGAUCGCUAUGUGGCCAUCUGUAAGCCCCUGCUGUACACGGUCACCAUGUCCCCUCAGGUUUGUUCUCUGUUGAUGUUUGGUUCAUAUGUGAUGGGGUCUGCUGGUGCCAUGGUGCACACAGGGGACAUGGUCAGAUUGUCUUUUUGUGAUUCCAACAUCAUCAACCAUUACAUGUGUGACAUCUUCCCCCUCCUCCAGCUCUCUUGCAGCAGCACCUAUGCCAGUGAGUUGGUGGAUUCCAUUAUUGUGAGCACAGUUGUAAUAAUAUCCAGCUUCAUUAUUUUCAUUUCUUAUGCUUUGAUCCUCUCAAAUAUCCUCCACAUCUCAUCAGCCCAGGGUUGGUCCAAAUCCUUCAGCACCUGUGGCUCCCACAUAAUUACUGUUGCCCUAUUCUAUGGUUCUGGGUUGUUCACACAUCUCAAGACCUCUUCUGCUGGUUCCGUGGACCAGAGGAAGUUCUUCUCAGUAUUUUAUACCAAUAUAGUGCCCAUGUUGAACCCCCUCAUCUAUAGUCUAAGGAACAAGGAUGUCAAACUUGCUCUGAAGAAAACCCUGAAGAGAAUUGCAAACUAAGCAGAACCAGUGUUCCUGUGUUGUUGCUGUGUGUGUGUAUGUUGUGUGUGUGUGUGUUUGUAUAUGUGUAAGUAUGUUUCCCCAUAAUUUUCUUCAGAACAAAGUUUUUGCUUUAAAUACUUUUUUCUCUCUAAGCAUAUCAUUUAA